UCUUGGAUGAUAUUACAGAAGAUGAGUUCCAGAAAUGUCACCAACAAUGGCAGAAGCUCUGGAAAAAGUGUGUGCAAUCAGAAGGGAACUACUUUGAAGGAGACAACACUAAACUUGACUAAAACGGGUGAAGAAGAUGAGGGGUGUUGCGAAAGGACUCUCAGAGCUAGUUACAAAGUUGCUCUACGUUUAGCAAGAGCUGGGAGGCCAUUUAUGGAUGGGCCAUUAAUAAAAAACAUUAUGUUGGAUGUAGUAGAGACAAUGAAUCCCACAUUAGCUCCUGCAUACAGCAGAAUACCACUUUCCGGAAUGACAAUACAUCGGAGAAUCAACGACAUUGCUGAGAAUUUGCAUGAACAACUGGCAGCCAAAAUUGAAAACUUCCUAGCGUACUCCAUCGCACUUGAUGAGUCCACGGAUAUUAACGACACGGCUCAGUUAGCAAUAUUUUUGCGUGGCGUGGACGAUGACCUACAUGUAACGGAAGAGCUCCUGGAUAUGAUUUCAUUGAAGGACACUGUUACAGGGGCAGAUAUUUUAGCAGCUGUUGAAAUGGCAGCUGAAGGAAUAGGACUCCCUUGGGAAAAGCUGUUUUCCGUAACCACAGACGGGGCACCAGCAAUGUGCGGUAAAGCAAAGGGUUUAUUGGACUACUGCGGAAAAAACUCAACAUGCUGAAUUUACCUUCUGUUCAUUGUUUGGCACACCAAGAGGAUCUAGGUGCGAAAGUUAUUGGUCUUCAAGAUGUGAUGCAGGUAGUGGCGCGUAUCGUGAACUACAUUAGUUCUCAUGGACUCACUCAUCAUCAAUUCAAAGAAUUUUUGAUUUCCUUUGAAGAGGAGUAUCCAGAUAUUCCCUACCACGCUGACAUGUGCUGGCUGAGUAAAGGGAAAGUGAUUUCCCGAAUUUUUCAACUACGCCACACUGUGGCUUAGUUUUUGGGGAGCAAAGGACGUCCGGAGCCACUUUUUCAUGACCCCGAAUGGGUAGCUGAUUUAGGAUUUUUAGCAGACAUUAUGGCUCUCUUAAGUGAUUUAAGUCUGAAACUCCAAAAAGAAAACAAUCUCAUCAACGAUAUGAUCAGCAAAAUAAACGCUUUCCAGUAUAAACUGAAGCUCCUCAAAAAACAACCUUUCAGAGAAAAAUACACAACACUUUCCUGAACUAGGUAAGCGAGAUAUAAAUUGAACCUUUAUUAAAACAGUCUGAUUUUUAUAACCGCUCUAAUCAAAAUGGUACUAUGUUUUUAUUUGACAGCAUCUGUG